GGCUAGGUUUGUUUGUUAUUAUUAUUUUACCAUAAGGAAUGCUAUAAAAAAAUAACUCGUUCUUCUAGGUAGCUUUGCCAACGUCAAAUGAAUAUUUUAAUGCCUCUGUGGUCACUGAACGACAACAGAGGCCGCGCAACUCAUAGACAAACCGCAUGGAGGCGGUGUUUGAACCAAGUUUUGUUUUGACAAAGUUGGCGAAGAAGAAGGCUCUCGCGAGGGAGAGGAGUUUGCAUGUUCCACUUAUUAUUGUAGUCUAACCGGGUUUUAUUGGAACUUGAUCACUGAGAUCUGUGUGGCUUCAUUCAAUCCAAACAAUCAUGUUGUGUUUUGGUGGUGACCCCAACUUCUGUCCGGAGUGUGGAAGUGUCCUUCCUCUCCCAGGAGUACAAAACACUGUGUGUUGCCCUCGCUGCUCCUUCAAAAUACCUGUGGCAGAUUUUGCAGGUCAAGAGACUCGUUCAACCAUUGUCUUCAACCCAGUGGAACAGUCUACUGUGGCCGUAGAUGAUGCGGAGGACGCUGAGCUGAAAGGCCCUGUGAUCGAAAGACGCUGCUCACGCUGCAACAAAGAAGGGAUGAUUUACCAUACCAGGCAGAUGAGAUCAGCCGACGAGGGCCAAACAGUCUUCUUCACCUGCAUACACUGCAGGUACCAGGAGAAGGAGGACUCCUGACAGAGACAGCUACUGGAACCCACCACUUCUUUUUGUGUUUCACUGGCUUUUUUUGUUAAAAUGGAAUUGAAUGUUAUUCCUUUCUCCGUUUUUUAUUUUUAAACAGAACACAAACAUAAAGAACAGAACUGUCAUCCACAUGCACUUGGUGAAACAUGAUACUUGGCAUGACAAAUGGCUUGGCCUUCGAUGCAGGCCUAAGAAGAAGUGCAUGGUCUAUACAGUGCCUAUCAUAAGGAUUCACCCCCUUGGAUGUUUUACCCUUUUAGUGCUUUCAUAAAUCAAUCAUGGUCAAUAAAAUUUGGCUGUUUUGACACAAAAAUGUAUUGGAAAAAAACUCAAAUGUCAAAAUGAAAACAGAUUUCU